UGUUUAUUUUCCCCGGCUUGAAGAAAGCCUGAAGAGGGAAGUGAGGACAGUCGCGUCCCGAGCCGAUCAACAGCUGACUGCAGGGAGAGCAGAGAGCUUCAGAUACGUAUCAAGAUGGAAGAACUACUGGCACCUUUAAGGGAGGCUGUGAGGGAACAGGGCGACUUGGUGCAUCAGUUGAAGGAAAAGGGCGCCAAAGAGCAGGAGCUGAGCAGAGCUGUUGCAGAGCUGAAAGCCCGGAAGAAGAUUCUUGAAGCAAAGGAGCUGGCUUUGCAGCCCAAAGAUGACACGGUGGACAGAGUGAAGAUGGAGGAUACCUUAAAGAGGAGAUUCUUUUACGAUCAGGCCUUUGCUAUCUAUGGAGGUGUGAGCGGCCUGUAUGACUUCGGCCCUGUCGGCUGUGCCCUGAAGAACAACAUCCUGCAGGUUUGGAGGCAGCACUUCAUCCAGGAGGAGCAGAUCCUCGAGAUCGACUGCACCAUGCUGACCCCUGAGCCGGUCCUCAAGACGUCAGGACAUGUGGAUAAAUUUGCAGACUACAUGGUGAAAGAUGCCAAGACCGGGGAGUGCUACCGUGCCGAUCACCUCCUCAAAGGUGACUUUUUCUGA